CAUUACACCGCACAUAAUCCUUGUUGAGCGAUGGAAGAUAGACUAAAGAAAGAGUUGGGUACAGCCACGCUAAAAUUAGCUGGCAACUCAGAAGGUGGAUGCAUCAGUCAGGGCCAGAGUUACCACACGGACACUGGCAAAGUGUUUGUGAAGAUAAACCACAAGAGCCAGGCCAAAUCAAUGUUUGAUGGAGAAAUGGCCAGUUUGGACGCCAUAAUAAAAACAGGAACAAUUAAAGUGCCCAAACCUGUGAAGGUGAUCGAGUUGGACAGUGGAGGCUGUGUGUUUGUGAUGGAGCAUUUGGAUAUGCGUGGUCUAAACAAAUAUUCAAAGCAGCUGGGAGAGCGGCUGGCUGAUCUUCACCUUCACAACAAGAGACAGCUUGAGAAAGUGGGCAAAGAGCAGCAGACAGUUGGGAAAGGAGCCGGGCAGUCGGAGGCGACUUACGUGGACAAAUAUGGCUUCUAUACCGUUACAUGUUGUGGCUAUAUACCGCAGGAAAACGAAUGGCAGGAUGACUGGGUGACCUUUUACACUCGACAGAGGCUUGAAUGUCAGCUAAACAUGCUGGAGAAGUCAAAUGGGGACAGAGAGGCGCGAGAGCUUUGGGCUGCCCUGCAGCUGAAGAUCCCUCAGUUCUUCCGAGACGUGCAGGUGUUCCCGGCUCUCCUCCAUGGGGACUUGUGGGGAGGCAAUGUGGCGGAAACCAGUGAGGGCCCGGUGAUCUUCGACCCCUCUUCUUUCUAUGGCCAUUCCGAACAUGAGUUGGGAAUUGCCGGUAUGUUCGGAGGCUUCACCAGCUCCUUUUACUCGGCCUACCACGAGAAAAUUCCCAAGGCACCCGGCUUUGCCCAGAGAAACCAACUGUACCAACUCUUUAACUACCUGAAUCACUGGAACCACUUUGGCGGUGGCUACAGAGGCUCAUCAAUAAGUGUCAUGAAGGACUUGCUCAAGUAACAAAGUCUUAAACAUGUCUUAAACUUUGCAUAGGUAACAUGUUACU